AACACUGGGUAGUGAUUGGCAGGUUGAUGAGUGAAUGCAAGGUAAGAGGAAAGCAAUGGAAUAUUUUACUUUACAGUCUACGAUGUAGUCAUUGAAAACUCAGAACUUCCGCGGGCGGUGCCCCCCCCCCACCUGCCAUCAAUGAAAAAAAUUCGAUGGGCACCAAAAUGUCUUUUAGUCGGCAUGCAUGUUGAAAUAAGAAUUAUUUUUCUGAAACAUCUUACCCAGAUGUUUCCUUGGUCAGCCAUCUUCUCCCUGGAGCCCAAAGUGCCAGGCCAGCGCACCAGCGAGGAGCUGGUUACCAACACGCUGAUGCUGGAGCUGGGCGCUAUGGUGAAGCGCACCGAGCGCAUCCGCCUGGAGCGGGCCUGCGAGGGUCGGCGGCGCCACCGUAGCAACAUUUGCAAUUCUACGGCGGCGGCGGCGGAUUACAGCUGGCUGGCCAGCACGCCCAACCCGCAACCUUACCAACUGACGCCUAAUGACUUGCUGGAGUUGCAGGAUCUCUGCGCCAAGGUGCCGCCCGCCCAGUGCGGUCCUGUCAUUGCCAGAUUCAGGAGGCUGGUGUCCCAGAUGGAGCCGGAAGUCUACGAGUUGCCUCGUCUCUUUCGCUCGGCGCUUCGCGACUGCCUGGAAGAGAUCACAGGAGAAGGAGGAGUGCAAAACAACAUGCUGAUGAAGCAGCAGCGCAGCAAGAGCCUCUCCUUCGUCACAUUCCGCAGCAAGUUCAGAAGCGGCUACUUUUCCAUGAGGAGCGGCCUGAGAGGCUCCAGGAGCGACCUGCAGCAGGUGGAUUGGUUGGAUGAGGACCAGGAAGAUGACCAAGAGGAACGGGAGAAAGAGGCCAUCAGGGCUCGUGUCAGGACCAGGAGGAGUAGGAGCAUGCCGGAGAUCGCACCUUUGGAACAAAGUGCACAAGGAUGA